CGUAAUGUAUAUUUUUAUAACACUUAUAAUUGUUGUAUUAAUUUUGAUUAUUAAUCUUCAACUUAAACAUUAUAGUAAUUUAAAUAACAUACCAGGACCGUCUAGUUUAGAACUUCUCAAAGUUUUCUUAUUUUCCAAAUCAAAUUCAGAUGUUACAAAAUACUUUAGAUCUAUUUUUAAUAAGUAUGGCCCCGUUGUUAAAAUAUGGAUAAAACCUUUUCGCCCAAUGAUAGCAGUUUGCGAUAAACGAUAUUUCGAACAAAUUCUAUCCUCAAAAGAUCAUGUUCAUCGCACACCUGCCUAUAAGCUGUUUGAUGCUAUGUUUGGAAAUAGCAUAGUCACAGAACAUGAUAUCCCACGUUGGAAAUCAAACAGAAAAGUAAUAUCAUAUGCAUUUUCAAAAAAGGCUUCUAUGAAUAAUUCAGAAAUAAUUCGUUAUCACAGCGAAAAAUUAGGAGAAUAUUUAGAAUCUAACGAAAACGUUGUAAUCGAUUGUCAAACGAUUUUAACCCGUUUUACUUUGCAAGUUAUGGUUGGGUUUUUAAUGAAGGAAGAUAUUAGUGAUAAACCCCAAGUUUCAGAAAAAAUUAUCAAAUCAUUAGAAACUUAUCAAAAAAUUUAUUUGGAAAGGGUAUAUUCGCUUUAUAAAAUCAACAACUUUAUGUUUCAAUUCACAAAGAGUUACAAAACAUGGAUUACGUCAGCUUUAAAUGUAAAAAACACCGUCGAUGAAAUUAUACAAAAACAAAUAAUUGUUAGAAAAUCGCAAGAAAAACAUAUUGAGAAAAUGGAUUGUUUUGAUAUUUUACGAUUUCACGGGUUUGAGCAUAACCAUAUUCUUAGUGAAUUAAAAACUCUUAUUAUGGCUGGUUAUGAAACAACAGCGCAAGUUCUUAGUUUUGUUUUUUAUGAAGCAGCUAAACGAGAAGAUGUCCAACAAAAAAUAUUCGAAGAAUACAUUUCUAUUUUAGGUGAUGACGGGAAAAUAAAUUCUGAUAACUUAAACGAACUCAAAUUUACGGAAAGUUUUAUUAAAGAGUGUAUGAGAUUGUAUCCACCUGCUCCACAAUUUCAGCGACGAAUUAAAUCUCCCAUCACCAUUGGUGAAGUUACAAUUCCUCAAGGAACCGACGUUUUAUUUAACACUUACGAAAUGCAUCUUUCAAGUGAUAAUUACAAAAACCCAUUGGAAUUAAUUCCCGGAAGAUUCCUUCCUGAAAAUGUUAAUGAAAUCGAUCCGUUUUCUUUCGCUCCAUUUUGUGUUGGUCCAAGAGAUUGUAUAGGAAGAAAAUUUGCAAUGAUAGAAAUGAAGUAUAUCACUUCCCACAUAAUUGGAAAUUUUAUUCUUCGCCACCCAAAGCACAAAAUGCAAUUGGGUAUUGAGAUUACAUUAAAAAGCGAAUCCGGGUUACCUGUUAUAUUUAAGAAAAGAAAUUAAAAAUAUAAAAUAAUAAUUG